AUGGCAAGGUGCGCGGGCAGGCCGCGUCCAGCUCCGACUCGCAGCAGCCGCAGCAGCCGCAGCCUCAGCAGCAGCAGCAGCAGCAGCAGCAGCAGCAGCAGCGGCGGCGACAGCAGGUUGUGCGUUGACGGCGGCGAGCCCGCGGUGUUCCCGGGACGAGGCGAGGACCAGGUGAGAGGGGAGGACAUGGCGGCACCCGCGCGCCUCCUGGCGGCGCUGCUUGUCGGCGCGGCGGCCGUCGGCGCCCUACCCGAGGCCAGGGUCGGGGGCGGCGACGACCCUGACGUCACGAUCCUCGACAUCCGCCACCUGCCCGAGAUCAAGGGCUUCCGCAGCAACGUGUACGAGGUCCACAUGCAGCCCUACGCCUUCCCCCCGGUGCCGCUGACGGCCACUGCGCGCAUGCGCGGCGCCGACGCGGACGGCGGCGUGUCGGGGGAAGUCCUGCUGACCCAGCCCGAGCCGCCGGCGGGCCCGGUGCUGGUGAGGGGCAACAUCAGCGGAGUGGCGCCCGGGCUACACGGCCUGCACGUGCGCGUGUGGGGAGACCUGGAGGACGGCUGCGAGGCGGCGGGCCCGCACUACAACCCGCACGGCGUGCGGCACGGCGGGCCGCUGGACCCGCACCGCCACGUCGGAGACCUGGGGAACGUGCGCGCCGGGGGAGACGGCGUGGCCGUCGUGGACCUGGUGGCGGGGGCGCUGUCCCUGGCCGGCCCGGGCGCCGUGGUGGGCCGCGCGCUGGUGCUCACCGCGGGCCAGGACGACCUGGGGCUGUCCGGCUCCCGCGAGAGCCUCGAGACGGGCAGCUCCGGCCCCGCCGUGGCCUGCGGGGUCGUCGCGCUCAGCAGGCCGGAGCCCUGCCCCCCCGGGGAGGGCUGUCCCCCGGGGGGCGCCUAGCUGCCCUUCCUUCCUUCCUUCCUUCCGCUGCAGUCGACCUCGCCGGACGCCGCCGAUUCAUCAUAUUGCCGUCCGGGGCAGUGAGCGCGGGCGAGGCCAGAAACCGAAGUUUCUACAACUCGCCAAGUGCAUUAUUGUAAUUCAGGUGCACCCCACACUGGCGUAGAAUCAUUUGAAUCGACGGGGGCGGGGGUGCGUGUCUUGUUGGAUGGGUUUGGCACACGGACCUGUGUGCGCGCCUCGCCGGACGUCGUUAUGUCUUCUAUGUGUACUUCCCCCUCCCUCCUCCUCACCUAUCAAUCCCUUCAGUGCAUCUCAUCGCCUUUCAUCGUCUGUAACGACGUUAAGUGCACCGCAUUUCAUUUAAUUCUGCCGAACAAAGGAUAGAGGUCACGCAGCCAUGCACUAUUUGCAUUCGGACGCUGGUCUGCCGACAGCAACGUGGGGUCCGAAUCAAUUGAUCACAACUCCUUUAAAAGGUCAUUGUAAUUCAUAUUUAUUCAUUUAAUAUUUCCCUCACACCUCGUAUUUUGCAGAGAACUUGUAUGUACAAAAAACACGCCGCUUCGGUGUAUUGGUAAAUAUUACCUCUGUUUAGGGACCGGAAAAAUUCGCGGAUUCAAUGACCUCUAGGAUAGCCUCCAUUAUCCUCUGCAUUUCUCAAAUAAACACGCGUGUUCAUUGGGUUCUAAAUUGUGAGGCGUCUCCACUGGGUAGCUUGUGAUUCGACGCUUCUUUGGUCGAUAGUCUCUCAUUGGCCCAGAGAGCUCCAGUUAAACUGCGAGCCAAUAGCAGAACCAGCAGAAUUGUACACAUGUUUGAAUUUCAGUCUAUCACGAAAUGAAUCCGCGAAUUUAACCGGUCUCUACCUCUGUUCUGCAGAGGUUGCUCGCGGAGAGGUAGUGUUGUAGUAAUUGAAGCAUGUGAGGGUUGAAGCUGGAAGGUUACUCGGACGGAGGUAUUAACUUUUGAUAGCUGAACACACAUUCACUGAGUGGAAGUACCUGAAUUACUUUACUUUGAAGAAAAAAAAAAGUUAUGUUAACAUAACAAAAAUUUAUCGUGAGAAUGAAAUAUAUUUUAAGUGAAAACUGUUUUUGCACCAAGAUGUUUUUGUUGGGUACGCAAUCAAGCAUGGAUAGUAACUGCUAAUGCUAAAAUAUGUGAUGGUAUUCACCAUACUGCAUUGAAGUAAAACAGGAAAUGUCUCCAGUUGUUUUAGUAGCUGAUUUAAUGUAUUUUUUUGAGGAAAAUUUCAUAAAUAAAUAUGUACAUAUAUAUAUAUAUAAGUGUAUUGGAACUGAUUCAAUUGUGACUGAAUGGUUGCUCACAUAGAGAUUAAGCAUUAAUUUAAAUGUAUUUUAUGUUAUGAGUAAAUACAUUUAUGUAGUAUAUACAAUUUUAUAUUGUUAAUUAUUUAGUGAAUUGAAAUAAGUAUUUGUUUUAUGUUUUGAUGUUUUACGUUGCUUUGUCAUAAUUUUUUUUG